GACUGCUGACACGGUACAGGGGAUGACCAGAGACUGCGGACACAGUACAGGGGAUGACCAGAGACUGCGGACACGGUACAGGAGAUGACCAGAGACUGCGGACACGGUACAGGGAUGACCAGAGACUGCGGACACGGUACAGGAGAUGACCAGAGACUGCGGACACGGGGGAGGUGCUGCCCCCCUGAAAAAUGCCGCCCUAGGAAAGUACCUUGUUUUCCUUGUGGUAAAUAGGCCCCUGGACAUACUACAGGAGAUGAACAGAGACUGCAGACAUAGUACAGGAGAUGAACAGACUGCAGACAUAGUACAUGAGAUGACCAGAGACUGCGGACACAGUACAGGAGAUGACCAGAGACUGCGG